GUUUACCUUAGAAGCCUUAGAACUCUGUGGUCCAAGUUUCAGAGCAGCCUCUUCCCCACCAGAACCUGCUCUUGCUAUCUGUGGCGCCAUGAGUGAUAAAUCAAAUGAGAAUCUCAUUGAAGACAGACUUGUUCAACUGAGAUGUCACUUUACGUGGAAGUUGCAGAUUAAAGACAUUGAACUGCGUGAUUCAGAAAACAGGGUCUUCGAAGAGAUUGAUUUCCUAGACACAAAAUUCAAUGUGGGAAUACACAACCUACUGGCCUAUGUGAAACACCUGAAAGGUCAGAAUAAGGAAGCCCUGGAGUGUUUGAAAGAAGCUGAAGACCUAAUCCAGACAGAACAUACCGACCAGUCAGAUGUGAGCAGUUUGGUCAACUGGGGCAACUAUGCCUGGCUGUACUACCACAUGGGCAGACUGCCAGACGCCCAGAUUUACCUGGACAAGGUGGAGGCCACUUGCAAGAAGUUUGCCAGUCCCUCCUGCUACACAAUGGAGAGUCCAGAGAUGGACAGUGAGGAAGGAUGGGCCUUGCUGAAAUGUGGAGGAAAGAAUUAUGAACGGGCUAAAGCCUGCUUUGAGAAGGCUCUGGAAGUGGACCCUGAAAACCCUGAAUUCAACACUGGCUAUGCAAUUGUUAUGUAUCGUCUGGAUGGCUUUACCAAAACAUCACAGGUCGAUGAGGCAUAUUGUCUGCAGCCCCUAGAACGGGCCGUCAGGCUAAAUCCAGAAGAUGCAUAUAUUAAGGCUCUCCUUGCCUUGAAGCUGCAGGAUUUCAAUCGAGAAGCUGAGGGAGAAAAGUACAUUGAAAAAGCACUGACCGACACAUCUUCACAGACCUAUGUCUUAUGAUAUGCGGCCAAGUUUUAUCGAAGAAAAGGUUCUAUAGAUAAAGCUCUUCGGCUCUUAAAAACCGCUUUGCGGGCAACACCCUCCUCUGCCUUCUUGCAUCACUAGAUAGGGCUUUGCUAUAGAGCAAAAGUUAUUCAAAUAAAGAAAACAGCAAAUUGGCAGCCUAGAGGACGGGACAGAGAAAACAUCAACAAAACAACCAGAUUAGCCAUAUCUCAUUUUGAAUUUGCUCUGGAACAAAAGCCAACAUUUGACAUUGCUUAUAUACACUUAGCAGAUAUGUACAUAGAAGCAGGCGACUACGCAAAAACUGAUGAUCUUUAUCAAAAAGUGUUCCGCAUGACACCACUUGAAGAUGAAAAACUGCAAAAGUUAUAUCUCCACCACGGUCGAUAUCAGGAAUUUCAAAGAAAAUCUGAAGUCAGUGCAAUGAUCUAUUAUUUGAAAGCAAUAAAAAUUGAAAAGCCAACAGUAGUAAGAGAUAGAAGUAUCACUUGUUUGGAGAAAUUAGUUUUAAAGAAACAUCAAAGAAAUGCAGAGGACAUAGAAAGCUUGAGCAUCCUUGGGUUCAUCUACAAACUGAAAGGAGAAAUGAACAAAGCCCUGGAGUAUUAUGAGCAGGCCCUGAGGCUGGCUAAUGAGUGAGAAGUGUGUGGGACAUGUCCCUUAGGUGCUGAAAUAUGGCCCAUUUUACCUUAAUGUAUACUAAUCAUCAUUUCUGCUUGCUGCUUUCAGAAACAUGUAAUUUUUGAACAAUUACUCAAAACUGAUAAAAAUAUUACUUGUAUUCAGAAAACAAUGAAACAGAAUAUAUGUGUCUCUGUGUGUGUGAGAGAGGAAGAGAGACAUAAACCAUUUCUCUGUGAAUGUUAUAUAAUAGAAAUAACAGUUUGUUAAGUAAAUUUGUAGCAAAUAAAACACUGCACUUGCAUGAAGUAAAACGAUUCAUUC